AUGGAUAGCCAGGAUCCAUCUUCUUAAUAUUUAUUAUUGGAAUUAGGAUAUGCAAACAGGUUCGGAAUAAAAAAUAAUGUUUGCCUUGUUGCUCCAGCUUAUCAAUAAGAAAAAUAAAAGUCCAAUUUAGUUUCUAUUAGAAUUUCUAAGAAUAAUAUUGACGAGAAGGUUCUAUUAAAGUACAGAACUCUAAAAUUCUUAACUAUAUUACAACCUGAGUAGUAUUUUUAAACUGAAUAUGAACACUGCCUUAUCUAUGAAAACCUUUAUGAGCAUCUUUUUACUAAAGAGAAAUUGCCCAACUUGACUUAUGAUGAGGGAUAAAAAUUUCUACUCUAACUUGUCCUAACAUUUGCUGAAUUUGAGAGAAGGAAAAUCUAUUGGGAACUUAAGUCUAUUAAUCAAAUAUAUUAUAUUUAAGGAAUAAUUUAUUUUUCAUUAUUGGAAUAUGGAUUUGAAAAUUUUAAUCAGCCGUUUAACUAUUUAUAAAGUUUCUGGUCCUUUUUUAAUGAACAUUUGAGCUAUAAGUUUAAUGAUGUUGCAUAAUUAAGAUUCGCAUAAAGUUUUGAUGAUAUACUUUAAUAUUUGUUUGUAAAAAAUGGAGAUCUUCACAAAACCCCCUUGUUAGAUAGUCCUCCUUAUGAAAAAGUUCUACAAUAUCUAUUGAAUAUUGAUAGAUUUCAUAAAUUAUAUAAUGGAAACUGUAUUGUAAAAUAAUUUAAGAAAAAAGGACUCUUCUCUAUUUAUCCUAAUUUAACUGAAGAUAUUGUCUAUAAAUCAACUGAAAUUAAAGGUAAUGAAGAAUCAUAAAAAUAACUGAUAAAGUAAAUUUAAAGAGAUAUCGAAUUGAUGGAGUUAUUCUCAAAUAAGGACAACGUAGCCUCCUGUUUUACAUAUUUAAGAAUUAAAGAACAUGCAUUUUUACUUUACAGGAAGUUUACUGGAACAUUAGCAGAUAGAUUUAAGAAUUGGCCUAAAAAAGAAUAAACUCUCGAUUCAAUAAGAAAAGAUGUUUAUGUCAUUGCAUCAAGAACUGCAGAUUGUAUAACGAUUGUUUUAUUUUAGCAUUAAAAAUUUUGCAUGAAAAAAAUAUAAUUCAUAGAGAUUAGAAACCUGAGAAUAUUUUCCUUGAUAAUGAGAAUAUGUCUUAAUCAUUCAGUUAUGUUGGUGAUUUUGACUGCUCUAAGUAAAUUAAUGAUGAAUUAGAUAUAACUUGUACCAAUGGUGAUUGCGCUUUCACCGCUAAAUAUGAUCCCCCUGAAACAAAAUUAACCUCAAAAUAUGAUAUCUUCUAGUUAGGUUUGA